CGCAACCACAACACCAGCAUCCCAUCACGCUCGCCACCCACUAUGCUGUACACCACCGUCCUCGUCGCGGCUGCCGCCGUCUUCGACUUCGCGCUUGCACAGAACACAACCCUGCCGGUUCAACCCUGCUGCAACGUCUCCGCCGACGCCAUUCCCGAUGACCAGAAGACCGACUGGUGCCGCGCCGAGAGGAACACUUGCCCUCAGAUCUGCGGUGGACAGGGCCAGGUUGCCAGCGGCGGCAACGACUGCAAUGACGACACCCUCACCUUCACGUGCGAGUGCAAAAACGGCACGUCGCCCGACAUGUCCGCCUACGAGCAGUCUGUUCCGGGCCAGAUGUGUCGCUUCUGGUACAGCCUGUGCACCAACGCCACCGUCGGCAACGCAGACCAGCAGUUCCUGUGCGAUACCACCAGGAACGAGCGGUGUGGCAACCUGACCACGGCCGAGGGGGAAGCUUCGUCCACCGCCUCGGGCGGAGCCACGUCUUCACCAACGGGAACCGGAGGCUCCUCUGCUUCGUCAACGGCUACUGGCACUGGCGCCAGCCAGAGCACUGGUGCUGCCGCUGUCUUGGACGUCGCCCGCGAAUUCGGCACUCCGGUCCUCGCCGGUGGCUUGAUCGCCCUCUUCGGCUUUGCUCUGUAAGCGGGACAUGCUGGAUGGGAGCAAUGGACCGGAUCCAUGGGGGAUGGGCGGUAAUGAGAUGAGAUAUGGCUACGCAUAGCGCUACAAACUGGCAUAGCUUCUCCAGCGUUCUCGAGCAAUGGAGUUAACGAGGUCACUUUUGGCGUCAAUUGGCUAGCUAUAUAUCCGACA